GAAGGUGGGAGGCGGCGCGGCAGCGCACCGAAACCUGGGCAGUCGGAAGGUUAACAAGUGACAUUGGGCCGAGGCCUAACGCCAGGCUGCCCGGCUGGGAGCGUGGGGAUGACGGUGGCAAGGCAGAGCCUGAGCCCUUGGGAAGCUGGCGAUGACAAGUCUGAAUGGUCGCCAUGCCGAGAAAACCACUGACAUGCCAAAACCAUCAGCCCCCAAAGUGCACGUGCAGAGGUCUGUGUCCCGAGACACCAUUGCCAUUCACUUCUCAGCAUCCGGGGAGGAGGAGGAGGAAGAGGAGGAGGAGUUCAGGGAGUAUCUUCAGGAGGGGCUAGAUGACCAAAGCAUUGUAACGGGGCUCGAAGCCAAGGAGGAUCUGUAUCUUGAGCCACAGGGUGGCCAUGAUGCCACAGGCCCCGCUGCCUCACCUGCCCUGGCAGAUGGACGGUCUGGGUCUGAGGCCCCUGCCAUUUUGCCCAUGUCUGAGAACACUGUAAAGCUGCUGGAGUCUUCUGCUCCAGCAGUGCAAGUAUUAAGUACAGUGCCACCGGCUCUGUCCCCAGGGACAUCUUCGUCGGUGCCCUUAGCUAGCUCUCCCAGUGUGUCGUCCCUUUCCGAGCAGAAAACCAAUUCUUCCUCCCCAUUGUCCUCUCCUUCCAAGUCUCCUGUCCUCUCGUCCAGUGCCUCGUCCUCCACCCUCUCCAGCACAAAGCCCUUCAUGAGCUUGGUGAAGUCCCUGUCAACUGAGGUGGAGCCAAGAGAUUCUCCCCACCCCCCAAGGCACAGGCAUUUGAUGAAGACGCUGGUCAAGUCCCUGUCCACAGACACCUCUCGACAGGACCCGGACACCGUGUCCUACAAACCACCUGACUCCAAGCUGAAUUUGCACCUGUUCAAGCAGUUCACACAGCCACGGAACACAGGUGGUGAUUCCAAAACCGCUCCUUCCUCCCCACUGACGUCCCCUUCCGAUACACGCUCCUUUUUCAAAGUGCCCGAAAUGGAGGCGAAAAUCGAAGACACUAAACGACGCCUUUCAGAAGUCAUCUAUGAGCCUUUUCAGCUCCUUAGCAAAAUCAUGGGAGAAGAAAGUGGCAGCCAUAGGCCCAAAGCCUUAUCUUCAAGUGCUUCAGAACUUUCCAACCUGUCCAGCUUGAAUGGGCACUUGGAAAGCAAUAACAACUACAGCAUUAAGGAAGAGGAGUGUGACUCUGAGGGAGAUGGUGACAGCAGUGACUCCCACAUCCCCAGGGGUGACCACCCCAAGUCCACCGAAGAACCUGUGAAAGAGGUGGAAGUGAAGGGUUCCCAGGCGAGCAGUCUGAAGGAUCUAGGCCUGAAAACAAGUUCUCUUGUUCUUGAGAAAUGUUCUCUGUCUGCCUUAGUGAGCAAAGAGGAUGAAGAGUUCUGUGAGCUGUACGCGGAGGACUUUGAGCUGGAGUCUGAGGGUGAGGGAAGGCUUGAUAAGCCCCUAGAUGUCCCCCUCAAGCCCGAGGUGCUUGCGGAUGAUAGUGGGGUUCUGGACAGUGAGGAUGAGGCGGAUGAAGCCACGCCGCACCCAGAGUUACCCGUGAAGACAUUGGGCUUCUUGAUAAUGUGUGUCUAUGCGUACCUCAUCCUCCCUCUCCCCUACUACAUGAGCGGGCUUUUCCUGGGCAUGGGCCUGGGGUUCAUGACUGCGGUUUGCACGAUUUGGUUUUUUACACCACCAAGUGCUCACAGAUAUCACAAGUCACGUAAAGCUCUGCAACACUGGAACACCAGAUCUUUGGACAUCAAAGAACCUGAAGUUCUGAAGGGAUGGAUGAAUGAGAUUUACAACUACGAUCCAGAAACUUACCAUGCAACCUUGACUCAUUCAGUCUUUGUCCGGCUUGAGGGUGGAACGUUAAGACUUUCAAAGCCCAACAAAAACAUAUCCAGAAGGGCCAGCUAUAACGAAACAAAGCCAGAGGUCACCUACGUCAGCCAGAAAAUCUACGACCUCUCAGACAGCAAGAUUUAUCUUGUGCCUAAAAGUUUGGCUCGCAAACGAAUCUGGAAUAAAAAGUACCCCAUUUGUAUUGAACUUGGUCGGCAAGAUGAUUUUAUGUCUAAAGCACAGACCGAUAAGGAGUCUUGUGAAGAGAAGCCAGCAACUGAGAAGGAGCUGGGGAGUGAAGACCCCAAGAAGCCAGCACAGCCUUCAGAGGGAACACGGGCUGGCCAGCGAGACCAGACGCUGUAUCUGUUUGGGAGAACUGGCCGAGAAAAAGAGGAGUGGUUUAGGAGAUUCAUUCUGGCAUCUAAGCUGAAGGCAGACCUCAAGAAGCCACCUGGCAUUUCUGGAAGCAAGUCAGGACUUUUGCCUGCCCACAGCAGGCACAGCAGUCCCUCGGGGCACCUGACCCAUAGCCGCAGCAGCAGCAAAGGCAGCAUGGAGGAAAUCACGUCCCAGCCCAGACCGAAGGAGCUGCUGGGCAGCGUGCGGCAGAAGAUGCUCCUGGACUACAGCGUGUACAUGGGCCGCUGUGUGCCCCAGGACAGCCAAAGCCCCCACACAAGCCCUGUGCAGAGUGCAGAGAGCAGUCCCACGGCCGCAAAGAAGUUGCCAGAGGCCCCACCCUCUGAGGAGGAAGAACAGGAAGCCUGGGUGAAUGCCUUGCUUGGAAGAAUAUUUUGGGACUUCUUGGGUGAGAAAUACUGGUCUGAUGUGGUGUCUAAGAAAAUCCAGAUGAAACUCAGCAAAAUCAAGCUCCCCUACUUUAUGAACGAGCUAACCCUGACAGAACUUGACAUGGGUGUGGCUGUGCCAAAAAUUCUUCAGGCCUUCAAGCCUUACGUUGAUCACCAAGGACUCUGGAUCGAUUUGGAAAUGUCCUACAAUGGGUCCUUUCUGAUGACUCUUGAGACCAAAAUGAAUUUGACCAAACUAGGUAAAGAGCCUCUUGCUGAAGCCCUGAAGGCUGGAGAAAUUGGCAAAGAAGGUUGCAGGCCCCGGGCGUUCUGUCUGGCUGACAGUGAUGAGGAAUCGUCCAGUGCCGGCUCCUCUGAUGAAGAUGAUGCCCCAGAGCCCAAUACUGGAGACAAACAGCUGCUGCCGGGAGCUGAAGGGUAUGUCGGAGGUCAUCGAACAAGUAAGAUUAUGAGGUUUGUUGAUAAAAUUACCAAGUCAAAAUAUUUCCAAAAAGCAACAGAAACAGAGUUCAUUAAGAAGAAAAUCGAAGAAGUCUCCAACACACCCCUGCUGCUAACUGUGGAAGUCCAAGAAUGUCGAGGAACCUUGGCAGUCAAUAUCCCACCACCGCCGACUGACCGGAUAUGGUACGGUUUUCGGAAGCCACCAUAUAUAGAGCUGAAAGCUCGGCCAAAACUAGGAGACAGGGAAGUAACUUUAGUUCACGUGACAGACUGGAUAGAGAAGAAACUGGAGCAAGAGUUUCAGAAAGUUUUCGUCAUGCCAAACAUGGACGAUGUUUAUGUGCCCAUCAUGCACUCAGCCAUGGACCCUCGCUCCACAUCCUGCCUCCUGAAAGACCCGUGUGUGGAGGGCUCCGACCAGCUGUGAAGAGUGAAGAUGGAGCACUCCCAGUGUUAUGAGACCUAGCUCAAAGUGUAGGGUUUAGUGGCUGCCACCUGUGCUGUGGCACUGGCCUUUACUGGUGCCACAGUUGUCUCUUUAAGAGACCGCUUCUGCCCUCUGCCUGCCAGUGCCCAUUCCACUGUGAGGUGUCAUUCCCCACACUCAGUGACAAGCGUCUGGAUUGCCUGCUGCAAAGCUUUGACUGGCAAAGGAGUCUGAAGGAACGAUCAUGGUGGCGCACACAUUUUAAGUCUGCCAGUUUUGCGGCAGCCAAUGAAGGCACUGAGAGCCAAGCUGUACGACUGGAAGGCUUCCCCUGGCCUCCUCCAAAGCUUCGCCUCGGGCAGCUGGUGCACAUGGAAGUUUUCACUUAGUGCACUUGACUGCGGCACCCACACUUCAAGAAUGUCAACAUGGUGGCUCAUGUGGAGAGUGGAAUUUUGUGAGCCAUUUCAUCGGUGGUAAAGAUAGGCAUAGCGACUUUUGCUCAUGUUGUGCAUUUUGGAAGCAAGUAGCCAUAGAACACACCACACACACUUUCAGCUGGGGUGGGGACAGGGAACAUUAAUUAGGCAGAGCCACGAGAUCAAACCCAUCCAUCCCAAGCAUUUUACCAAUGAAGUACAAUCACCUUGCUUCUAAGGAAUCCUGAUUGUUUUCCUGAGACAUGAGUACAUGUGACAAUGUCAAACACUGCUUAAUGACUUUGUUGCUCUCCAGCAGAUCAGGUGGGGCCAGGAUGCCAGAGCCAAGGUCCCCAUCUGGCAUUUCCAGUGGGCUCCAGGAAACUUCAAGUAGGAGUGCUUUGUAAACUGAUUGGUUUGGGAGUUUUGUGGGCAGUUUCCUUCUCUAAUGGCCAAAAUGGAGAACUGCUCCUUAAUUUUUAGUCAAGACCAAGUUUGCUUAACAUCAAACACAACAGCUCAACAGACAUGUGACCUUUAAUGUUGCCAACUUAAUCUCAUGCAUUUGUGUCAGAAUGUUUAGUUUACAAGUUUGAGGGCUCAUUGUAUAAAUUUGCUUUGAGAAGCAAGCUUUUUUGUUUAAAGCUACAUCAAUAUUACCUCUUAGGUAACUUUUGAUAAUUUAACAACUGUGGACAAAGCUAAUAGUAUUUUUUCAACAGCACCUUGCCUGAACGUGACUUUAAAGAAAUUAAUAUAUUGAAAAAAAUGUAUUUGGACCCUUGAUUUUAAUUGCACCAUUAAAACAUUUGACUUAAAUUAUUUUACCAUUCCAGUCAGUGUACUGUUCUAAUUUCUCACUGUGUAGACCUAUUUGCCUGAGUCCGCAUGUCUUGUUCACUGGUCUUUUUGUGCAAUAACUGAAGGCAAGACUGAUGCACUACUGUGUGAUUACACACUGUACCUAUUGCACUUAAUAGUAUGUGGGAACUUACAAUCGCUUCCAUUGUUUCACAAAAUAAAUAUCUCAUGUCAAACACCA